AUGAAUCUCUGGACCACCGACGAUAACGCUUCUAUGAUGGAAGCUUUCAUGAGCUCCUCCGAUCUCUCAUCCUUAUGGCCACCGGCAGCGACGGCGACGACGUCAGCUACAGCUCCGGCUCCGGCGAUUGAGAUUCCGGCACCGGCGGGAUAUAGCCAGGAGACUCUCCAGCAGAGGCUACAAGCUCUGAUUGAAGGAACGCACGAAGGCUGGACCUACGCUAUAUUCUGGCAGCCGUCGUACGAUUUCUCCGGCGCACCCGUGCUCGGCUGGGGAGACGGUUAUUACAAAGGAGAAGAAGACAAAGGAAAGCCGAGACAGAAAUCGAGCCCGCCGCCGUUUUCGACUCCGGCGGAUCAGGAGUACCGGAAAAAGGUGUUGCGUGAGCUCAAUUCGUUGAUUUCCGGCGGAGUUGGUCCGUCGGAUGACGCCGUUGACGAGGAGGUGACGGAUACGGAGUGGUUUUUCUUGGUUUCGAUGACGCAGAGCUUCGCUUGCGGUUCUGGAUUGGCGGGUAAAGCGUUUUCUACGGCUAACGCGGUUUGGGUUUCCGGGGUGAAUCAGUUAUCCGGGUCGGGUUGUGAGCGGGCGAAGCAAGGAGGAGUUUUUGGGAUGCAGACUAUCGCGUGUAUCCCUUCGGCGAACGGAGUUGUGGAGCUCGGGUCAACGGAGCAGAUCCGACAGAGUUCGGAUCUGAUGAACAAGGUCCGUAUACUUUUCAAUUUCGACGGUGGAGCUGAAGAUUUGUCGGGUCUUAAUUGGAACCUUGACCCGGAUCAAGGAGAGAACGACCCGUCUAUGUGGAUCAAUGACCCAAUUGGAGCUCCCGGGUCGAACGAUCCGGUUAACGGAGCUCCAAGCUCUAACUCCCAGCAGCUUUUUUCGAAGUUUGAGAAUGGUGGUGGUAGCUCAAGCACCAUAACCGAAACCCCGAAUCCGGAUCCGACCCCGAGUCCGGUUCAUUCUCAGACCCAGAAUCCGAAAUUCAAUAACAAUUUCUCCCGGGAGCUGAAUUUCUCGACGUCGAGCACUACCUUGGUGAAGCCCAGAUCCGGCGAGUUAUUGAGCUUUGGCGAUGAAGGUAAACGGAGCUUCGAGAACCCGGAUCCGAUUUCUUAUUCGGGUCAGACCCAAUUCGAGAACAAGAGAAAGAAGUCUGUUGGUUUGAGCGACGAUAAGGUUCUAUCUUUCGGCGGCGGAGAUAAAACCGGGGGAGUAGAAUCCGAUCACUCCGAUCUGGAAGCUUCCGUCGUUAAAGAAGUACCGGAGAAACGCCCGAAGAAACGUGGAAGAAAACCGGCCAACGGUAGAGAAGAGCCGUUAAACCACGUCGAAGCAGAGAGGCAGAGACGCGAGAAACUAAACCAGCGAUUCUACGCGUUACGAGCGGUUGUACCAAACGUCUCGAAAAUGGACAAAGCGUCUCUGCUCGGAGACGCAAUCGCUUACAUCAACGAGCUCAAAUCGAAAGUGAACAAAACAGAAUCCGAGAAAAUCCAGAUAAAAAACCAGCUUGAGGAAGUGAAGCUCGAGCUCGCCGGAAGAAAAGCGAGCGCUGGUGGAGAUAUGUCAUCGUCUUCUUCAGUGACGGCGAUUAAACCGGUGGGGAUGGAGAUCGAGGUGAAGAUAAUCGGUUGGGACGCGAUGAUUAGAGUAGAAUCGAGCAAGAGGAACCAUCCGGCGGCGAGGUUGAUGUCGGCGUUGAUGGAUUUGGAGCUUGAGGUGAAUCACGCGAGUAUGUCGGUGGUUAACGAUCUGAUGAUUCAACAAGCGACGGUGAAGAUGGGUUUCAGGAUCUACACGCAGGAACAGCUACGCGCGAGUUUAAUUUCAAAGAUCGGUUAA